GGGCUUAAGGGGAGCCUAAGUGGGAAAUGCGCUGCUGCUGAGGCGGCGCUUGCCAGUCCCUCUCGCCCCCUGGGAGAGAUGGAAGGUGGGUGUUUUUCUCUCCCACGCGAGUGAAGAAGCAGCGCUGACUGAGAGCAGGAUCCCUGAUGGCUCAGCAGUUUCAGGUGCUGAGGUGCUGCUUCUGCAACGUCUUCCAAGUCCAGCAGAUGAAAAAGAGCCAAAAAUGGAAUUGCAAAGUAUGUGAUGAAAAGCAGUCAAUUCUAAAGAUUUUUGGUCAGGGUUCUGGAUCUGAUUGCAGGCGCCAUGUACAAAAACUCAAUUUGCUACAAGGACAGGUAGAGCAGGGACCUACGGAAAUGCUUAGAUCUAUAGAAGAACCAAUAAAGAGAGAUGGUGAGAACACAAUAGUUAAACUGGAAGAGAAUUCGGGCAGGCAGGAGGAAGAGGUAAAGUUGGUCAGCCGCUGGACUAAAUAUCUUGAUGGAAGAUGUGAAGAGCAAGUGAAGGAAGAUGAGGAGGAGAUAAUGGUGCAUACAGAAAAACAGAGCUACUCUUCCAAGAACACACUAAGGAAGUGUCAGAAGACCAGCUUACACGAUUCCCAGGGGUCUAGAAAAAGGAGAGCUUCUGGAUUUGCAAAGGAUGUCCUACAUUUUGAGAACAGAAAAGAUUCAGCCAUAGUAGCUAAAAAAACCUGUGGAGAUGAUACAUCUGGAAAUGUGAUUCCUGCUGUCAAAGAGCAUCUGGUGUGCCAGAAGAAUAAAGAUUCAGAGUCAAGAGCUGCUGGACUUUCAAAGUGGGAGAAAUUCCUUUUAUCUGGCACUUGACAAAACCUCCAACUGCUUUUCCAUUGCACAACGGAGUCUGGGAAACCUUGACCUGUUGAUUUCAGCCCGUGCAGCAAUAACGGCUACACAGAGCCUUGCCUCCCAGAUCUAGCAUGAAAAGCCUUAGGACUAUCAAUUCACUAAAGCAGAGGUGCCUUUUAAAGGUAAACACUUUUUUUCCUGGCCUUGUUGCGGUACCUUGAACCACAGCUAAGCUUUUCCCAGACCCGGAGAUCAAGUGACUGAAAAAAGUUUCCCAGGCCGGAUUUCAUGGAAUCAUAGAAUUGGAAGAGAAUUAUAGAGCUGGGUCAUCUAGCCCAACCCCUGCGAUGCAGGAUUCUCAAAUCCAUGACAGGUGGCCAUCCAACCUCUGCUUAAAAACCUCCAUUGAGGGAGACUCUGCCACCUCUCGUGGGAGUCCGUUCCGCGAUCGAGCAGCUUACUGUCAGAAACGGACAUAACUGUCUGAAGACGUACUGUCUUCCCGACGCUUAGUCGGAAUCUUCUUUCUGCGCGCAAGGCUACUGCAGCGAUCCUGUCGCACAAAUAAAAAACCGGAGUUGGAAGUAAAACACCACGGUGGCCUGUUGCUAAUGGUCCCCUGCCCCCACUCACCCU